GUCAUCAUGGUGAUGACAUCAUCUGAGAGCGUCACAUGAUGCAAGGCAUCCCUCCCGUGUGUGACCAGAACAGGAAGUGAAAGCAAAACACUCUCCAGCUGCCGUGUGCACGUGAAUAAUCAAUAAUCAAUCAUGGGAGAGGUGGUCAUCAGUUCUGAUAGACACUCUUGUAAUGAUUACACAUUGAUUGAUUGAUCUUAUCAUUUUGAAAUGACGCAAGAUCACCAUUGAUACUUUUUCCAAUAAGCAGAGGAAAGAAAAUAUUUAAGAUGAGCUCAAAUGGCUCAAAAUGUCAUACGUGGUGUAUGAAAAAGCAUAACAGGAAGUUGACUGUUGCCAGCUUUAUUUUGGUUCCAUGUGCUUUUAUUUUGAAUAGAACAGGGAGUUGAUAUAAUCAUUACGUUUCAAAAUGAAUGCCUUAUUAAUAUGCCUCGGACUCGAGAAAGGAAGGCUGUGUCACACUUUAAUUCCCGCCCGCGAUGUCACUUUAAUAAAAGUGGUGUGACCGAAUGGAGGAGACGCAGUCACAAGCCUGUCAGUCAUUGUCAUUCAUUCAAAUGUAUUUAAAAAUGUCUCAGCAGUAAAACUUGUUUGGCUUUUGUGUGGAAAUCGCUAUCUCUUUGUUUCCCCACUUUAAAAGACGUCAUUAUACGGCUUCAGUUUUGUCGAAAGAUUUCAGCAUGGUGAUGUCACGUGCUUUUCCCACGGUCACGCUUGAGCUCUAAGGGGACCUUUUUUGGACCUUGUGUUUGUGACGUCACUAUAUUGAACUCUUCUUGGGCAUCAAUGACCUGAAUGCCGAAACGCGCACGCGCACACUUCGACGCUGCAGUGCGCGGGAGCGUGCGUCAUCAGGAGAAGAGCUGCCUCUUGCACACUCUGCAGAACCGACACCAACUGGCAGAGCAGACGCGGACUGGACCGAGCGGGCCGCGGGAGAAGCCGGUGGCCGACAGGAAGCUGGUGAUUGCGGUGAAGCCGUUCGGUCGAAGGUGACAGGGAUCAAAACAUCUGAUCAGGAUGAUGAUGAGUUCGCCGUCAGACAAGAUGAAAAAAAAGUGGUCAAAGGACAGUCUCACUCUGCUGCCAUGUUUCUACUUUGUCGAGCUUCCCAUUGUGGCAUCUUCCAUGGUGUCGCUUUACUUCCUGGAAUUGACGGACGUGGUGCGGCCGCCGCAGGUCGGCUUCCGUUGCCACGACCGCGACCUCAGCAAGCCGUACGUGGACGGAGGAGACGAAAUGAUCCCGCUGCUCAUGCUGCUGAGCCUCGCCUUCGCCGGCCCAGCAGCCUCGAUCAUGCUGGUGGAGGCUUUCGUUUACUUCCUGCAGUCUCGCACCAAAGUGCGGAGAGCGGAAGGGAGCAUCAACGCCGGAGGCUGCAACUUCAACUCCUUCCUGAGGAGGACCGUUCGCUUUGUGGGCGUGCACGUGUUUGGUCUUUGCGCGACAGCGCUGGUCACCGACGUCAUCCAGCUGUCGACAGGUUACCACGCUCCAUUCUUCCUCACCGUGUGCAAGCCAAACUACACCCACGUCGCCUGCGACACCAACGCUUACAUCACAAAAGACAUCUGCUCCGGACAUGACUACCAUGCCAUCAUGGCUGCCAGGAAGACGUUCCCAUCCCAGCAUGCAACUCUGUCUGCUUUUGCCGCGGUGUACGUCUCGAUGUAUUUCAACUCCACCAUCUCAAACAGCACCAAGCUGCUGAAGCCCGUCUUGGUCUUCUUCUUCGCCAUCGCUGCCGCGCUGACGGGCCUCACUCAGGUCACGCAGCAUCGCAGCCACCCGGUUGACAUCUAUGUGGGCUUCCUGAUCGGAGCGUUCAUCGCCGCCUACCUGGCUUUUCAUGCAGUGGCCAACUUCAAGUUCUCUGAUAUCACUUUGCCUCCGCCUCCUCCACCCGCACUGGAGGACCCUUUACGAGUGCUGACUGAACGAGGACACGAGUCUGUAUAUCAAAAGGGCCCCGCCUCAGCCUCUGAGAGCAAUGAUGAGAUAGCAGCGACCCCGGCCCCCCUGGACUGUCGAGACAGCGUGGGGCCCCUUCAGAGGGAGGUUGCCUCCAUGGGUAGCCUGAAGAGGGCGAGCGUGGAUGUGGAGCUGCUGGCUCCUCGCAGCCCCAUGGCCAAGGAGACUAUGCUGACCUUCAGUAACACUUUGCCACGAGCCAGUAUCAGUGUCAGCGAGGGUGCGCCUGGUCCGGUCCAGCCGAUCCAAGCGGUUCAGCCACGGCUGAAGGCUGUCCAUGUCCCAAUGGACCCGGUCUCAUCACAGCGUCUGUUGUCGGAAUGGAAGCAGAAGUCUAUGGAGAUGCGAGUCCAGAGCAUGAGGGAUGAGAACGAGACCAGCGAAGAUGGCUUGGAGGCGGGGACAGAUGAUCGAGGCUCUCAGGUCCCCGUCUGCCUGCCUGCGUUUUCAUCUGGCAAGACCGCCUCCAGUCGCAACCGCACUCCUCCUCCGGGUGGAGCCAAAGCCAUAGCAACCCCGAGACCACCUCAGAUCCCUGAAGCAGUACCCCCACCGGUCUCACCAAAGAGUUUGCUGGCCCGCGCCAAGUGGCAAGCCAUAAGAGAGAAGACAAGCGGGGACGCGUCAGGUCGCGUCGCAGCCAACCAGCCACGACUGAUGCAGGUCGUCGCCAUGUCCAAGCAGCAAGGCUUGCUGGGGUCUUCAUCUUCAGGUGAAAAAUCUUCAGAAACUGCCUCCACCUGCUCUGGAACUUCUUCUGCUGCCACAUCGCCACGAUACCGGCCGACCUCCGAGAAGCAGCGGGAGGGAAUCGUCACCGUGAACGCCCACGCCACCCACCAUCCUCUCGCCCAAGCUCCACCCCCCGCCCAAAAUGGCCGUCCGUGGGAGUGGGGCGGAGGAGACCUACGUGACACCUAUGACCUUAACAGCCUCCAACGAGGAGAUUCCUCUGCUUCCGGCAGCAGCUUCCGGCCGCAUCGAUCCAGCGGCAUGCCAGCAGAUCCGGCCCCGCCUCAGCAACAGUUUGAGGUGUUGACAGACGCGCAGAGGAGGGAAAUGGCAAUGAGACGCAAGACGGCGCUGGUUCUUCUGGAUCGAGACGGCCAGCAGACUGAUGAGGAAAACCAGUUCAAGAGUUUCCAAAGUCGAAGAAUGAAGGAUUAGUCCUGUGACUUUCAAAAUAAAGGCCGGAAUGGAUUAUUAUGAACUGAUUCGCAGAAUGUGAAGCUUCAACUACUGAGUGAAACACAGUGGGCGUGGCUUAUUAACGGCCUCACACUGAAUUGCUGUAUUAACAGUGUUGUGAUAGCUCGGUUGCCUUGGUGAUUCUCAGCAUGUUUGUGUGUGUGUGCCUUCGGCUCUGAUUGGUGAAGGUAAAUAUUGUGUGUGUGCGUGCGUGGCAAAAUGACAACAUGUUAAUUGUUGAUGCCUCUCGUCAAUGAGUAAGUGGGCGGGGUUAAAGCGACUGAAAGGAGACAAAUACAGGAAAAAGCAGUGAUAUUUUUGUGUAAAAAUGAAAUUUGUGUCGCUAAUGUUGACUUUCCGACCAACGGGUAAAAUGUUGCAUAAAUCUGGCUCUCAGUGACAAACUUCCCGUCUCCAAGUGACGUCACAUUUUGGACUUUUCAUCCAAUUAAAGAUCAGCGGGGGCUUUUCGAGAUUGUGUUUGCAAGGCCACAUGGUGACAGGUUGAACACAUCUUUAAAAAAAAAAAACAUUUAUUGUUGCUGUGAGCAGACAGCAAACAAUGUUUCAAUGUGAAAAACUUUAUUGAAUGUAAACACAUGCUGCAUGUUACCGUCAAAUAUCAAAUAAAACGUCUUCUUCAC